GUCCGAGAGAAAUACGUCGAGAGAUACGCCGGUGAACAAUUUAUUUCAAUUAUCAUGAGUAAGCUUGCUAGACUCACUGCGUUCUAUUGCUCUAUAUAAAGAAAUCUUUGAACUUUAUUUGUUUAAUAAUUUAUAUCUUUAUUUUGUGCUGUGUAAUGAAUAAUGGUUUGGGAUGAAACGUUAGUGACAUAUUACAGUCUUGCAACCUUGGUUAUGGUUACAAGAAAAAGUGUUUUCUGAAAAUAUUUCCUAGUGUUUUCUUCGGGAAAACAUCUGUGAAAUAUCAGUUGACUGUGCGGUGUUGCGUUGUUGCUGUGGUGUUUAAAAAUCGGUGUUAUGUCGGGAGGUAGGAGCAUCGACAAAGAGCGCAAGUCGCCCAGGGAAAGCGGUGAGGACUCUGAGGAUGAAAGCGAAAUCCUAGAAGAAAGUCCCUGCGGCCGUUGGUUGAAACGUCGUGAAGAGGUGGAACAGCGCGAUGUCCCCGGGAUCGACUGCGCUCACCUCGCGAUGGACACCGAGGAGGGGGUGGAGGUUGUCUGGAACGAGGUGCAGUUCUCCGAACGGAAGAACUUCAAGGCACAGGAGGACAAAAUACAGAUGGUGUUCGACAACCUCACCAGGCUGGAGCAUCCCAAUAUAGUCAAGUUUCACCGGUACUGGACAGACACUCACAACGACAAACCGAGGGUUAUAUUCAUAACGGAGUACAUGUCCUGCGGCUCGCUGAAGCAGUUCCUCAAACGGACCAAACGAAACGUUAAACGUCUACCGCUGCAAGCCUGGAAGAGAUGGUGCACCCAGAUACUCUCCGCGCUCAGUUAUCUCCAUGGCUGCGUUCCUCCGAUAGUACACGGCAAUCUGACGUGCGAUACGAUCUUCAUUCAACACAACGGCCUGGUGAAGAUCGGCUCGGUGGCCCCGGACGCCAUCCACCAUCACGUGAAGACUUGCAGGGAGAACAUGAGGAACAUGCAUCUGAUAGCCCCUGAAUAUGGAUCAUCACAAAUGGUAACCCCGGCUAUGGACAUAUACUCGUUCGGUAUGUGUGCGCUGGAGACGGCCGCCCUGGAGAUACAGGGGAACGGAGAGACGGGCAGCCAUGUGACGGACGAACACGUCAUCAGGACCGUGGAGUCUCUGGAGGAAACACGGCAGAAGGACUUUAUAUACAGAUGCAUCAACAAAGACCCAUCAAAGAGGCCCACCGCGAGGGAGCUCCUCUUCCAUCCUUUACUGUUCGAAGUCCAUUCAUUGAAACUGCUCGCAGCGCACACGCUCGUAAACACCUGUGCGAACAUAUCGGAGACGAUCACGGACGAGAUGAGUUCAGGCGGCGGAGUGGCGGCCUGGAGCAGCCGGGGCGGCGCGCGGAGCGAGCUGGCCGCCCGCGACCUUCCGCACGCGGAGAAGCUGGAGAAGUUCGUGGAGGACGUCAAAUACGGCAUCUAUCCGCUGACAGCGUACGGCUCGUCCGUGCGGUCGUCGUCCCCGUGCGAGCGCGCCCGCGCGGCGUCAGAGAGCGCGCCCGCAUCUCCCGAGCCUCGCGAGGGAUUGGAGACCAGGAGGGUCGUCAACAUGAUGUGCAGCCUCAAGCCCGCGCCAGCCGCCGCGCCCGCCGCGCCCGCACCCGCGCACACGCACGACCUGCUCAUGACGAUCCUGCUCCGUAUGGACGACAAGAUGAACCGCCAGCUGACGUGCGCCGUCACCAGGAGAGACUCCGCCGCCGCCCUCGCCGCAGAGCUGGUCGCCCUGGGGUUCAUACACGAGGCCGACCGCGACAAGAUCUGUCGACUGAUGGAAGACUCCCUGCGAGGCAGCUUCGGCCAGCGAGUGACGCACGUGGCCAGCUAGUAGCAUCCCCCCACCACCGCCCCCGCCGCCGCCAUCACACAACACUAUAUAAGGAGGGCGAGCGAGCCGUCUCCGCCAGUCGGCUGUCAGCGACCGAGGCGCCGAUACACGUGCUGUAUCUAUAUAUGAGGAUUCCGUUUGCUUCAUUUGUAAAGUCGUCUUCGUUGGUGUCUGACCUUCGACAUCAUUGGCCCCUUCGCGGUCUCGUGUCGAAGGGACUGGGAAUUUCGAACAUUUACGUUAGGUCGUUCGCUUUCAAAAAUUAUUAUAUAUGUAUAUAUUAGUAGUUGUAGGUAUUUACGGACGGGGUGGGGUUUAGAAAUUUACAGAUCGCGGUCUGUUGUAGGCGUAUAUCCAAAAUAAGAUUUUGAAGAGCUGGCGCAUGACCUUCGGCAUUUAAAUUUAAGAAGCGCACGGCUUUUAACGAUUAAUAAAAUGAUUAGCCGCCUGGAGACGGGGCGAGGACGGGCCCUAGGGAAAACUCACACCUUAGGGAUCCACGAACGAACAUACAACCCUCAUGUUAAGAUAAAAAAUACAUAUAAUAUAUAGUGUCUUAUGAAAGAGAUUUAAUCGAGAACUUGUAUUUUUGCACGAAUCGAUGGUAGUGUUGAUAUUGUUUCCUGAGUCGUGCCGACGGAGUGUGACCUCUCAGCUGCUCGGACCCAUCGCACACCAGCAGUGACGUCACAGCGCCGAGGAAACCGUUUACUAGUCGAUAUGAAUCUAACUCCGAGGAGACGGUGACGUCACAGAGGCGCGUCCCGCUGGCGAGUGACGUCACCGUCUCCUCAUGUAAAUUGUAUAAAAAGUAUAUGUUCGGAAAGAUCCGUAGCGGUUCGUUUGGACAUCGAGGAUGCUUUAGUGAUGUUAGGGUUUGUAUGAAUGUGUAAAUGAUAUUUAAAAAAUAUUUAAUGAAAUGAUUACAUUAAUUAAUAUAUUUAUAGUGAGGCUUCCUCUUAGAGCUUUAUGGAUAUGGUUAUGUAAGUAUACGGAAAUUUGAAACAUACUCACUAUCGAAGUAAGGUCGAAAUUUGCUCGCGGACAUUAUUUUGUUUAUCUUUUUCGCUUUUCACAAGGUAAGCUGCACGCGUCCGAUACUACCGCAGCCGAGUGUCCGGUCCCGCGUCAUGUCCAGGUAGCGCCGGACGCGAGUCGUGUCGUCCGCGUGUCGUCGCGUCGUGUCGCAACGAUCGUUUUGCAUUUAUAAAGCGAGUGCACCGAGUUCCUAGUUCCGUUGGUGCUCUCAGUUCCUAUUCGUCUCGCGGCGGUGACACGCGUGAGGUGUAUGCGAGGUGUCCGUGUCGCGGCUCGUCAGCCGCGGCCGUCUCGACACUCCAUCUAUUAUUAUUAUUAUUAUUAUUAUUAUUUAGUGUUUAGUUGAAGCUUCGACCUCGAUCCAUAUCUACGACGUUAGAGUGCGAGCGCUUAGUGUAGUGGAAACGAAAGACUGGAUAACAUUACGGGCGGGGAGGGGGAGGAGGGGGACGAGACAGAGCGGGGGAGGGGGGGAGCCGCGCCCUUGUAUAUAGUCGCUUUUAGUCUAAACUACGAUGUAUCGACACCGUACUCGGGUUCCGUCGCGGGCCGCGCGUCUCCGGCGCGACGUAUUGCUUUAAUAUUUAUUGGUUACUUUUUAUAUCAUUGUUUAUCGACGUAUCGGAUGAGGAAAAGUUAAGAUGCUCGUGUCGCGUUCGACCCCCGACACGUCACGACCGGUGGAGCUUAGGUUUAGAUAUAGACGAAUUUUAUCUAUAGAUAGGGCACUAGGCGGACCACCGCGCGACCUAGGGUCUAUGUACUAAGAUUAGGCGUUUAAAUCCACACGGCUUGCGGCGUGCGGAGUCCGUGGAAAGAAAGCGAUAGAUUGAAUUAACAGGUUUUAUACAAAACGACAUUCUAACGACUACACCGGUCGCCGCAGCUCGGAGCACCGACCGGUUCUCGUUCGCCAGCCACAGGCAGCGCCCUCGCUGUGGCGGGAUGACGCAGCCGGCCGAGCCGACGUUUUGCCUGCGUUUGUUAUAUUAAACGCAGUAUUAAGAGGCCGCUCGGGUCGCCGCGUGUGUCCGGGAGCUGUGCGCCGUACACAGCUGUGCGGCGGUCGACGCCGAGUCCACGUCGUAUUCCAGAUGUAUUUUUUUAAGUUAUUUUUACCGAUGUUUUUGCACUCUUCGUGUCAUUCUUGUAGCUCGUCUCUCAGCUGCCUCUGUUGCUAUGUAUUUAUUUGUAUCGCCCGGCCCCGGCCAGCGGCGCUCCGUCGUUGUAUAUAAAUCACUAUUUUUUAUCCAAAGAGCAAUGUGUUCAUUUAUGGAGUCGUCUUGUUUUAUUUGAGUUUUUCUUCGUCGUGUAUCGCGCGUCGUGUAUUGCUUCGUCCCGGGCCGUGUUUCCUCCGCGGUGUCAUUCUUCCGAACCGUUUAUCUGAUAUUUGAUGCUCAAAUGACAACUGGUAACGAUCUACCGACCGAGUGAUGUUUGCCUACUACAUACUAUAAAAUGAAAAUGUCAAUAAAAUGGUAUUUUAAACAGCCA